CCUCCGUCCAAUCAGAGCUCAGAGACCAGGAAUCAGCCGCAGAGCUCAUUUUGCACGCGUUUAAGGUGCACCGGCGCAAACCUGUGCACGUUUGGAUAUUGGUGGAUCCCUGCUCCCAUGAUCUGUCGGCGGGCGCCCCCUUUGAAUACCACUCAUCAACCCUGAGGGAUCCCAACAAGUCCAGUUAAGAAGGAAUUUAUGUUUGAACAUUUCACCUGCUGUUGUGCAAAUAGAGCAGAGGACAAGUAGAAAAGAGAUGCAGAUGGCAAGACGACCACUGUUAAGUAGCGGUUUAAACAACAGGCCACUUCCCUUCUUUCUGGCUUCCUGAAUAGUUUCCCAAUUUUCCAGGUGCUAUCUCGAGCCCACUGAAGUUUCUCAGGUGGGCAGCAACCCAGCAACAGGAGUGCUCCUUAUCUGUUUCUUUGUGCAAGGGGAAAGUGAUCUUCCAUCCGUGUAAUCUGAUGGCUCCUGGAUGAGCGAGCAGGCUUUACAUGACACUCCACUGUGGCCUCAUCUGAAUAAUGCAGCUCUCUCAAGUUAACAAAGCUCAUCCGGCGUCUUUCAUCACAAGCACUCUGUGAAAAAAGCCAUCAUUCUCUGCGAUAAAGUUGCACCUCUGUGGAAACUCCAUUAAGGGACGAGUGAGACCAAGAAGCGACUUGCUGCAGCUCCCGGAAGGAAUAUUUCAAAGAGGAACUAUUGAACAUUUGGGAUAACAUCAACGCUGCUGGCAGCACACGCGAAAGCCGAGCGGGACCUCCUGAAACAUUUUAACCAGAAGAACCAAGCGCCGACCCACCGUAGAGCAUCCACGUAGCAGGCUACUGCCACCCAGCGAGCGGACAUCACCAUCCCCGAGCAGGGUCAUGGAGGAGUCUGAGAUCUGUUCCAUGCCUGGGGGACUUGCUAGCGUGAGGAAACAAUUUACGACCCAGGAAACUAUCUCUACUACCACAUCACAUGUAACCCAGUUCCAUUUGCAGCGCAGCAGUGUGCAGGAAAUGUCACACUCGGAGUCGAGCAGCGAGCAGCAGGUGGUUGCAAGCAGUCAGCAGCUACAAUCCAAACAAGAAACAAUGGAGUCAGACAGUGGCCAUAAUUUGCAAUACGGUGAUAAAAACCAUGAAAAUGAAGAAGAAGAAUUUCCGAAGUACACAACCAAAGAACUGAGGGCCCACUUUGAAAGAACCAUAGAGGAGGCAGCGCCGCACAAACCAAUGAAGACUGGACGUGACAGCAAUCGGUCAAAGGGGUCCUCCCACGUGACCCAGACCAACACAGUGACUAAUGAGGUGCGCCAAGAGUCAGAAGUCGAAGCGGCGGCCGACAUACCCGACGCCGAGAUAGACGACGAGGACUUUCCGCCGCCACCGCCGCCAGCCAUUGACGACACCGAUUACCUUCCGCCGCCACCGCCGGAUUUACUCCAAAUAUCGCCGGGGACUGAAAAUAUUCCCGUCACUCAAUACUCGUCCGAGGAUCCGCAAGGAUCAGUGAACUCGGCCAAACAUCUUCUCAGCAAAGAGGCUUACAUCAAACAGAGGAGCAUGUCUGAGCUGAAACGUCUGUACAAGCACAUCCAUCCCGGCGUGAAGAAAAAUAUUGAAGAGGAGUUCUAUAAUGAAUACAACGGGACCGUCAACAACCAGCAUGUCAGUCAAGCGUACGAGGACGAAGCGGACGAGGAAUAUGAUUGGGAAGAGAUUCUACCGGGAGAUGUGCAGGCCAGGCGGUGGAUGUUUGAAAAUAAGCCACUGGAUGCCAUCAAGGACGAAUCCUUGGACGGGGAUGAAGACAAAAACAAGAUCACAGAGAAAGAGAUGAUUCUCGGAAUGGACGUCAGGCGCACGGCGUGGAUGUUCGAGACAAGGCCGAUGGAUGAACUGGGGCCGCGCGAGGCCGACUCGAUGGAGUAUCGCAACAAGGUCAACGAAUUGCACAAGGGAGACGUCCGAGCUGCGGCGUGGUUGUUUGAGACCCAAACGAUGGACAGUUUGAAUAAGCUGCACAACGAAGAGGAGCUCACCAAAGAGGUGGUCUUUACGGAACAGGACGGGAACGCCACCGUUUACAUGAUUGACACAAAGUACACGCAAGGCCUCGGACACACCGAGACGAUCGAUGAAAGCCAUCUGCUGAGCUUAAGAUCGGUCGUGGAAGAAAUCAAUGACGAGGAGAAAACCGUAACGAGCACCUUCGACACCCGGUUUGAAUGCUUCAUCAUGGGGCAGUGCGGUCAGAUGCUGGAGAUUAAAUCCGUGCGCAAAGUUGAAACGGAGCUGGAGAGCUCCAUUGCGUCACGUUGGCUUUUUGAUACCCAGCCGCUCGAUGCGAACCAACCUCUUUCGUCUUUUAAGCUGGUGUGUAGUCUCUCCAUGGAAGACACAAACAGAGCGGGCCGAUGGUUGUUUGAGAUCAAGACUUUGAAUUCCCUUUCUGAGUUGGAGAGCUCAAAAACUGAGGAGGUAGUGGGGGCGGAUGUGCGCAAACAGCGCUUAGCGUUUGAAACCCGACCGAUUGACUCUCUGAAGGAUGAUCCAAACGCCACGACUCAGACCGUUAAUGAAAUCAUCGGGGGUGAUGUUAGAUCGGCAAGAACCUUCUUUGAAAGCAGCCCUCAAACAGAGAGGAAGAACUGCCCCGAGGUUGGAAAACUUAAAACGCCGCCGCUGAACCAAGAAAUAAAAGGUGACGUGAGACAUCAAAAGUGGCGCUUUGAAAGUCAACCUCUGGAGCACAUACGUGACGAGAAGAAAGAGAUAACUCGCACGGUAAACGUCGAGGAGGACCUCACGCAGGAGGAUGGAACAAGUUGCAGAGCAGAUGUUCGUAGGAACUGCCGGAUGUUCGAGACUCAGCCGAUGGACGCAUUAAAAGAUGACUCCAACAGCCGGCCCUUGACAAAAGAGGAAAUUAUUGCCGGCAGUGUGCAAUCCGCCAGGCAGUACUUUGAAAGCAUCCCAACUGAGGAGCCGAAGGAGCUCGCGGAAGUCGGCAAAUUGAAAAAAACGGCGACGCCGGCCGAUGAGCCGAAGGAGCUCGCCGAGGUCGGCAAACUGAAGAAAGGGGUCGAACUCAAUGAGGAGAGGGGAGACGUUCGACAUCAGACGUGGCGAUUCGAAAGCCAGCCUUUGGAGCAAAUUCGGGACGAAAAGAAGGAAGUCAUCCGGACGAUCGAUUUGGAAGAAAUCGACAAAGUGGACGUGUCGAACUACAAGCAUAUCUUUGAGAGCACAGAUCUAAACAGACGGGACGAGUCGCAAAAGAUCCAGGUCGAGGGGGUCACAAGCGGCGCGGUGCAAUCGAACAAAAACCUGUUUGAGUCCGGACUAUCGUACGCCAUGCAGGACAGCUCAGGCCGCUUCCACCAGUUAAGAACGGUGCGUCACCAAGAGGUGGUGAGCGGCGAUGUAACGACAUACAAAUGGAUGUUCGAGACGCGUCCGAUUGACCAAUUUGACGAAAGCAUCGACAAAUACCAAAUUAUCAAGGGCGUAUCCAAGCAGGAAAUCGAAUCCGGCGACGUGAAGUCUGCCAAGUGGCUGUUUGAGACGCAGCCCCUUGAUGCCAUCAAGUAUUUCAGCAACAUCGAGGACGAGGAAAUCCAAAGUGAAAAUCGAGACGUGAUGAAAGGAGAUGUCAAAAACUGCAAGUGGCUCUUUGAGACACAACCGUUGGACACCCUGUAUGAAAAGGUGGACGUAAAUAGUGAAAAUCAGUCUGAAGAAAUGCCAAAGGGGGACGUUAAAACGUGCACGUGGCUUUUUGAGACGCAGGCGCUGGACGCCAUCCACGACGAGACAGAAACCGUCUUGAAAGCCUCCGCCGUCAAUCGAGGGGACAUCCGAGGGAAAGACGUCAGAACCGCGUGCUUUCUCUUCGAGACGGAAAAACUCGAGACUCUUUCCGGGGAGGACGCCAGGUCGUUUCAGCGCGUCACAGAGAUUGACAUUGCUUCUGGAGAGGUGUCAAGAAAGAAGCACAUUUUUGAACGCGGCGCAUCCGACAUCAUGACGUCAACGUCGGAGGAAACGAUGCGGCGUCUUAAGAGUGUUCAGAGCGAAGAUAUUCAGAGAGGAGACGUGCUGACCUGUAAAUGGCUCUUUGAAAACCGAGCCGUGGACACCAUACGCGAUGGCCGAGAGGAAACGCAGACAAGCCGCACGGUUACCGACGUACACGGAGGGGACGUAGGCAAGGGCCGCUUCGUCUUUGAGACCUUUGCCUUGGAUAGAAUUAAGGAAACGGGGUCUGAAACGGAACUGUCCGUGACGCAAACCAUCGCUCGCCACGACGAAGAGAAGGGUGACGUGAAAAAUUACACGAUGCUCUUUGAAACUCAGCCUCUUUAUGCCAUUCGGGACCAAGAGGGCUGUUACCACAAAGUCACCACGGUCACCAGCGAGGAGGUGACGCGCGGAGACGUCACCGGAACUCGCUGGUUGUUUGAAACCAAACCCCUCGAUGCCAUCAAGGACUCGGACGAAGUCUACGUCAUCAAAUCCGUCACACAGCAGGAUGAGCAAAAAGGAGACGUCACCUCUGCGAGGUGGAAGUUUGAGACGUGGCCCUUUGAUAGGAUUUCGGAUGAGACCAGGACAAUCGUAAAGACCGUGGAUGACGUUCAGGGGGGCGACGUCAAAACCAAUAAAGACCGCUUCGAAUCCGAUACGACGUCUCAGGAGUCCGUCCGAACAGUCAACAUCAGUGAAAUACAAAAGGGUGACGUCAGGUCGGCCAAAUGGAGAUUUGAGACCCAGUCCAUUGACCAAAUACGGAGCCUGAGCUCGGAAAACCUGAUCGAGACCGUUCAAAAAGACGAGGUGCAAAAGGGUGACGUGAAGCAUUCCGUUUGGCUGUUUGAGAAAAAUCCUUUGGACCGCAUUAAAGAGGUCGACGAAGACGAGGAGACGCACGACGCUCCAGAGGAAAUUCUCAAAGCAGACGUCAAGUCUACAACGUGGCUCUUUGAAACGACACCUUUCGGUGACUUUAACGAGACGAAGGCGGAGCGGGCAGAAAUCUUGGGCAAGAGCGUCAAGGGAACACUGGAAGAGCUCUACAGUCAGCAAAUGGUGACGUCGAGAGGAAUACUCAUCGAAUCUGACGAAAUCGGGGACGUUCGCAUGGCAAAAUACAAUCUCAUGAAUCAGCGAGCUCCUGAGAUUCAGCGGGAGGACGUGAUCAGAGGGGAUCUGCACACCGUCAUGCUGAACCUCCUGAACAGACGGGAAGAAUGUGGGCGGCAGGUGGUCAUUGAGUCGCAAGAGAAGGGGAACGUCACUUCGACGGUCCAACAGCUUUUCAACCGGGAGACCGAUAAAACUGUCGAGAAGGAAGAAAUCGUCCGAGGAGACAUCCAGGAAGCCAUCAAUUCCCUUUUCAAAGAAAGCGGCCCGGUCAAACGCGGAUUUCUCAUUCAGGAGGACGAGAAAGGUGACGUACGGAUGACCAUAUAUUCCCUUCUGAACAAGCAAGAUCAUGUUCAUAUUGAAAAAGAGGGUGUCGUAAGAGGCGAUAUCAAGCGAGCCCUGCAAAGACUCAGCAGCCCAGAUCAGCCCGAUCUGACCAAGAGGAUAACCGUCGAUGAAACAGAGAAAGGAAACGUCAAUUUUUAUUCCACGUGCAUCGAAUCCGGGGACCUGAGUUAUCUGAAACGACUCCAUUUAGAACCAGAUGAGGCGUCACCGGACACCAUUGAGAAAGAAAAGAUCAUCGGAGGUGACAUCCGGGGCAUGAAAGUCAUCCUUAGUUGCAAUCAAACGCAAAUCGAGCGCACGGUGGACGAUAUCGUACCAGGCGACGUUUACAACACGGCGAAAGUUUUCAUGACGGAGCCCGUCGUCUCGUCAGAGAGUCUCCGAAAGGUGGAGAUCGUCAAGGGGGACUUGAAAGCUGCCUUGACUUCGCUGUCGGAGUCGGCGAACCAGAAAGUUGUUGUGGAGAAAGAGGAAGUCGUGAAAGGCAACGUACCCAAAACGAUGCAAAGUCUGGAGAGGGCACAGCAUCGUCACGUGGAGCUGGAGAAGCCGGAUAUCGUCCCCGGGGACAUCAAAGGAGCUCUGAGAUCCCUCGAGAAAUCGUCCACUUCUCAAGUCGAAGCCACCACGGAAGAUCUAGUGUCCGGAGAUGUUCGGGCCACCUUAAGAUCUCUCGAGACGGCAAAGCGGACGAUGCGUGAGGUGGCCAAGGAAGAAAUCGUGAGGGGUGACAUUCACACAGUACUGCAAUGUCUACAAGAUGCUGCGUCUGAAAAGAAAACGCGUCAGCAGGAGAUAAUAGUGCAGGGAGAUGUGAAAGGAACAAAACAGCUCUUUACGGAACCUCCAGUCUCUCCCGGUGUUCAAAGAAGCUCGAGCGUUGAAGAAGAAUUAGUGAAAGGUGACGUCAAGACGUCGAUUAAGUCAUUAUAUGAGACACAAGAGCCAACGUUGCUCGAGAAAGAAGAAGUGAUAAAAGGUGACGUGAAAGGCACAAUGAAAUCACUUUUGGAAACGGCACAGCGUGAAACUCCCACAGGCAAACUCGGCAGGAGAGUCCGAGUUAAGCAGAGGCCUCAGGUGAAGAGUUUAAAUGCUGAGACGGAGAGAAAGGCACAAAAAAUCAAAACCGCAAUCUCGGCAGGUGGUCAGUCUCUUGCGAAUGAAACGAAAACGGUUCAAUCCGAAGCUUGCGGCGUGGAAAGGAGUGCCGCCGCGCGUUCAAAAAUGGUCGUGGAGCACAAAACCAUAACACAAAGUCACGGCAUCAAAACAUUGAAAACUGAAUUCUGCAAUCUGAAGCCGACGGGAACGACGCGCUUGAACAAAACAAAAGUGCAAACUGACGUUUACACCCCGAAAAGACAAGCGCCGGAACCCGAUUUGCCUCUUCCACCUCCGCCUCCGCCCGUGGUCGACGUCGACCUUCUUCCUCCUCCCCCUACGCCACCUCCCCCAUGUUCGGAUCCUGAUGUUGAUCACCUCCCUCCUCCGCCGCCGCCGGCUACCAAUGAGCAGGACUUACUCCCACCGCCAUCACCGCCGCCGCCGCCACCAACACCACCUCAGAGAGAACAAGACAGAAUGCCAAAACAAGCGCUUCGUGCGUCACCCGCAGAAGCCCAAAAAAUGCCGGUGAAGAAAGUCCAAGCUCCGACUUUGUCUCCCGCCCCGAAGCUUGAACCUCAAAUGGAAACGCAGCACACAACCGGGGUCAGCCAGUCGGCAAGCACGAAACAGACAACGAAAACAACCCAAAUCCCGCCUCCGCCAGAAUCGCCGCGACCCCCGAGGAAAGUUUGCAUCUCCCCUGUCAGAUUCACCCCGCCUCCUUCCCCUCCUCCUCAGACGAGAGGGAAAACAAGUAAAUUCAACACCCCGUUAAUAAAAGCGGAGGAAAAGUACCGCCACGACUCACUCGUGGCGGCUCUUCAGGGAACGGCCGCCGAAGACGUCCAGCAAACAAAUCGCGGGCCCGAAAUCAAACGUGCCGCAUCUGAAAAUGAAGAUUCGCCGCUUCAUUCCGACUCCUCGUCACGUGACGCGUCCGAGCGGGUUGUUUUCUCCAAAACCGUUCGGAGCAAUACCAGCACCAGUCACGAAAGAAUCCUCGCAGGGUCUGCCACGAUAUCAUCUGCCAAACAGGAAAUGCUUUCUAAUGAGACGUCGGAGGUCGUCUCCGUUCCGAAGAGCUCUUCCGUCACUGCCGCGAGACAAACGGCGCACACCAGACAGCUUUCCUCCCGAGUGUCGACUCAAGCUGUCACUUCUGACCGCAUUCGCACUGCAGUCACCGAUUUGGCAAAAGCUGAGAAAGCAACUGCUGUCGAGAAGAAAGAUGUGAAAAAAGGGAACGCUAAGGCGUCGGAUAGAACGAGCGCGGAUCAUUCAAGAGGCCUUGUUAAAAUGGCGAAACCCGAACAAAAUGACAACCAAUCGCAGUCCGAGAGAGACGAUCGAUCCGUCAGCGAGAACCGGGCCGCCGUCUUUGAUGAACUGAAGCGAACGGAAAAAGCAGAAGCUAUUGGGACUUGGGCGACGGGCAAAACAAAUCAAAAGGUCAAAAAGGACAAUAAGCAGGAAAAGCAGGUCGAUGCAAAGAUGGAAGAGGAGCGAAAGGCGCAGGUGAAAGUGGCCAAUUCCACUGAGCCGAGAGUAAUUGGUGAGUCGAGAGAGAUCAAGACCGAAUCGAAGCGGGGGACCGCCGAUGAUGACAGUCAAGCGGUAACUUUGGCACCAAAGAAGAAAAGGAAAUCCAAAAAGUCGAAAGGGGCGACACAAUCGAGUCAAAGUAAAGACGCCAGGACGGAAUCAAAGACGGCCAUCGUGGAAACGGUUCUCGUUUCCCAAAUUCACACUAGUUCCACAGACGAGAAAGUUCAAGAAGCCUCGAUGACAAAAAGCAAAGCACAUCAGAAUAAUGUGAAGGGAUCGCCAAAAAAGACGAACCCAAUGAAAGAGCCGUUUGAGUCGGAACAAAAUGAAUCGGCGGCAAUGGCGGAAUCGCCGAAAAAACGUCUGUCGGGCUUAACCCCUCACAUCACGGGCAUGAAAACGGUUUCGAAAACCAGGCUUGGCACGUUUUCAGAUUGCCUCACGAUCCCUGAGCGACCUGGCAAACCGGCGGGGUCGGUCCCAGAGACCAAACGAGCUCCAAAAGGCGACGUGAAGGAGGAGCGCGAAUCGGAAUCUCUCUCGGCGCGGACGAACAUUUCCAACGUCGGCUCUUCAAAAGUCAAACAAACAACGAACGAAAUCUUCAAUGAAAGCAGGAAAGAGAAACGAAUUGAUCUUCGAUCUCCCUCACCGUCCCUGAGAACCCGCUCCCCCUCGCCGACAUUUAUCACCAUAGAAUCCGUUCGUAGGACCGACUCGCCGCAUCGAGUCACCCCCUCACCUACGCCGCUCCACCGGCCCGCCACGCCCCCGACGCCGCCACCGCGCCGCUGCGACACCCCGACGUCCCGCCUGACGAGAAUCACUCCCUCCCCGACGUUCGACCUCGCCGAGAACCUGCCGCGGCUUAAAGACGCGACGGCCAAGCUCUCGCGCGGCGUCACCCCGCCGCCGUUAAUCACGCCGCAGCCGAUAUCCGAGAGGAAAUCCGAAAUCGUGGAAACGCCCGCGUCAUUCCAUCGGCAAAUCAAACUCGAGGUCGUUCGCGGCUCAGACGAGCCGCCCGAAAAGAACGCGAUCGAGGCGAUCGUCGGAAAUGAAACCCAAAGUAACUCCGACGUCAAGCCGCCGCUUGGUCAUGACGUCGCUGACGAUACCUCCGAGUUGGCAUUGGCGUCGUUUCAAGAACGGAAGGCGUUUUUUGAAGAGGCCCAAAAGGCCGAAAGCGAGAAAUUUUAUAUCCGGAAGGAACCUAUCGCUAUCCCCGAACGACUCGGCCCAGAGUCGGAGGAUAGCGACGAGGAAAAUCCGCGGAAACAAAAAGAAGAUCCACCCAAGGUGGAUUUUUCAGCUUUCGUCAUUCAAUUUGAAUCAACGGAUAAAACGGCGAUCGGCGAGGAGCUCCGCCCACUUCCAAACCACGGUGAAGAUCGCAUCUCGGAAAGGGCGUUGCCAGUUUUUGACAUUCAGGCGCUGAAGAAUGUUUUUGAAACGGGCGAGCAAAAAUUCUCAUUCGACGAGCGGAAAGGAGUUCGGGAGGAGCCGGCGUCGAGCCGACGGGAAGCGUCGGUCGACGCAUCAAAGCUGGAGAGUCCUCCUGAGAUGCAGGGAGGCUUAAAUCGGAGCUCUGCCCUUCCUCCUCAUGAAAAUCUGCUGGAAAUUGUCCGGACAGAUCCAUCAGCCCCUUCUGAGAGCAAAUCAAUCACGGAGCAUUUCUCAAGCGUUGAUGUCCUGGGGAUCAAGGUCACGACGACAAGCGUCAGUCAGCAGUCUGGCAGCGCGUCAAGACAGCCGGCUCCUUUCUCUUAUGCUGACGCGGUGAAAAGGAAACCGGCGGCGGCGCCGCCGAGGCCGACGCAAACCCGCCGUGCCGAAGAUGCCGGCGAGAAAUUGCCGAUGAACGUUCACCAGACCCGCCACGAGUGCCAGGCGGUUGGCAAAAGCGUCGGCUACGCCGUUUUGGACGUGGCGGCGUCUCAUCGGACAACCGCCGUCUCCGGCUCGAGUUCCCAAAUCGGAGCUUUGCGCAGUGUGUCGAAGGAGGGUUUACCCGAUGGAUGGAUGGAUAGUGGACCGAAAAAAGUACCAUAAGUCCUGUUUCUUUUGUGAGCAAUGCAAAAGUAAACUAAGCCUGGGAAAUUACGUCUCUCUCCACGGACACUUCUUCUGUCUGCACCACUACAAACAACUCCUCAAGUCCAAAGGGAUGUACGAUAACCAACUCGGCCCCAAAACUCCCGCAGCAAGUGGCGGAUCCAUCCCACCAGACCGGCAACUCGAAUGGAGAUAUUCGGCAAGCAGCCUCAGUUCAGUUGACAGGAACAAAACGCAGCGCGGUGAGAUCAAAGCGACAAAAGCAUUUGAUGAGAGCAAAGCGCAGGGCAGCAAAAUAUCGGUGGUUUGGCCCCCCGCAGGCCGAUUCCCCCCGAAAAGCCUUUACAAUAGAGGAAGACAUUCAACGAGCCAAACCACAGUGGCCCCCGCGAGACGAUUCGCCCCAAUUCAUUCGACAGCAACACGGAGAGACCGUUCCCAGAAGUGUCCUGUAAACUCAUUCCCCAUCAGCCGAAAAAAAGAAAAACUCGCUAAGCUCCAAUGAAGGAAAUAAACGAGAGAAGUUCAAUGAUUGAAAGGAUGAGAAGUACGUUGUUCCGACGCGAGGAUGCUAAGUUGCGUUAGCGGCUAAGCACGCGCAAGUGUUGAAAGCUGGAGGAUGCGGACGUGACGAGAUUCAUUAUACGUUUGGAUUUUUGGUCAUUACUAGUUUAUAGCUUAUUCAUAAUAAUUGGCAGGCAUGGCCAAAAUUGAUUUGUUUACGGCUGUGGCGAUUGUGAAAUUAGAUUUUCCUCCUUGUCAAUUUAACCCUUUCAUGCACCCUGUAACCUGAUAACACGAUAUCGUGACCGCUAACCCUGAAUGGGUUCAUCUCUACAUAUAUGGAUCCAAUGAGUUUCCUUCCGUCCUGUGGAUUACAAAAUAUAUAUAUAUAGGAAUUGUGCUUUGUAUCUCUAUUUGACAGUCUCUUCUCGGUAAAAUUAUAAUUACACCCAGUUUCUUGUUUUUUUUUUUUUUUUUUUUUGAUUAGCAGAAUAUUUUGGCACCUGGUGUGCAGGCGACUAAACGAAAUAACAAAUUAUUUUCUUUAUUCAAGUGUACAUUAUGUCCAAUCCAAACUGGUGAAAUGAAUACAGUUGUAUCCUAUUUUGCAAAUAAAAGUUGUCAUUUUUAAAUUUGCCGAAAUUUGAAUUUGUAGUCCGUUCCUGAAUUUGUCGAAGCGUUCAGGCUGGUUCAGUUACAAUAUUGUUCAUCAAAAGGCAAUAAAUGUUUUGUUUUUUUGUGU